AUGGUUGUGAUUCUCUCUUCUUGGUUUUUCUUCCCUUCAGCUGAAAACCAAGAACCACAGCAAUCUGCAGAACCAGCUCCAGCUCCAGCUCCUGAACCAGCUCCAGCUCCCGCUGAAAACCAAGCACCACAGCAAUCUGCAGAACCUGCUCCAGCUCCAGCUCCAGCUCCCGAACCAGCUCCAGCUCCAGCUCCUGCUGAAAACCAAGAACCACAGCAAUCUGCAGAACCAGCUCCAGCUCCAGCUCCUGAACCAGCUCCAGCUCCCGCUGAAAACCAAGCACCACAGCAAUCUGCAGAACCUGCUCCAGCUCCAGCUCCAGCUCCCGAACCAGCUCCAGCUCCAGCUCCUGCUGAAAACCAAGAACCACAGCAAUCUGCAGAACCAGCUCCAGCUCCAGCUCCUGAACCAGCUCCAGCUCCCGCUGAAAACCAAGCACCACAGCAAUCUGCAGAACCUGCUCCAGCUCCAGCUCCAGCUCCCGAACCAGCUCCAGCUCCAGCUCCUGCUGAAAACCAAGAACCACAGCAAUCUGCAGAACCAGCUCCAGCUCCAGCUCCUGAACCAGCUCCAGCUCCCGCUGAAAACCAAGCACCACAGCAAUCUGCAGAACCUGCUCCAGCUCCAGCUCCAGCUCCCGAACCAGCUCCAGCUCCAGCUCCUGCUGAAAACCAAGAACCACAGCAAUCUGCAGAACCAGCUCCAGCUCCAGCUCCUGAACCAGCUCCAGCUCCCGCUGAAAACCAAGCACCACAGCAAUCUGCAGAACCUGCUCCAGCUCCAGCUCCAGCUCCAACUCCAGCUCCAGCUCCAGCUCCAGCUCCCGAACCAACUCCAGCUCCCGCUAAAAGAAGAUAUCAUUCAUUUUUCUUUUUCAGCAAGAAAAGAGCUCAAUCUCGAGGUAAAGGGCAACACAAACCUAAAAGACGCGGUAGAUUUGGUGUAAAGGUAGAACGAAAAGCCAAGAUCUCAAAGGAAAAAGGGAGAUUAAUCUUUAAGAGCCAAAAGUCCACUCAAAUUGGAAUUUUAAGGAACUGAAUAAGAAGAGGAUAUGAGACUGGCACCAUGGAAAUCCUUCAGUAGCUUAGCAUAGAGAUAAGAAGGAGUGGUCCUCUUGACUCUCAUUCCUGUAUUUAAAAAAACAAAUAAACAAAUCAGCUUCCAUGCUUUGGCUUCUUCUU